UACUUAAUCUCGCGAUUGUAUAAUAUGUCGUAUGUGUAUAUAAAUAUAGUCAUGGUUCAUUAGCUGAGUUUUGCUUGCAAUUUGUUCGUUGCUACCUGUCACUGUUCUUUGGAAUAGUUGUUGUCAUUAUCUGUAAAACCAUUAUUAGUUUCUUUUUACAUUGUUGACCAAUUCAACAUUUAAAAAGAUACAUGCACUUUGGGCGCACGCCUCGGGUUUACAUCUUAUCACUUAAAAUAUACUUUAAAUGGUUGGCUGCGUUGAAUUGUAUUCCCAUUUCGAGUCAACUCCUGUGGGAUAAAUAAGCGGAUAUAAUCAAGGAGCGUAGGAACAAUCUUUCUUUUUCUUGCUUUUCACACCUUUAAUUAUAUAACCAGAACAUUCUUCUUUACGAGCACUGAGUUGCAAGGACCUUGUUGAUCCUUAAGUUUACAUUGAAGAAAAUGGGACAAGUUCUUGGUUGUGUUCAAGUUGACCAGUCUACUGUAGCAAUUAAAGAAACCUUUGGGAAGUUUGAUGAUGUUCUGGAGCCUGGUUGUCACUGUUUGCCUUGGUGUUUGGGGAGCCAGUUGGCAGGUCAUCUCUCGUUACGUGUGCAACAGUUGGAUGUCCGUUGUGAAACGAAAACUAAGGAUAACGUGUUUGUUACAGUGGUUGCUUCCAUUCAAUACCGAGCGUUAGCUGACAAAGCUGCAGAUGCUUUCUACAAACUUAGCAAUACCAGAGCACAGAUUCAAGCCUACGUUUUUGAUGUUAUUAGGGCUAGUGUUCCAAGGUUGGACUUGGAUUCCUCUUUUGCACAAAAGAACGAGAUUGCCAAAGCUGUGGAAGAUGAACUUGAGAAGGCCAUGUCGCAUUAUGGAUUUGAGAUAGUUCAGACUCUCAUAGUGGAUAUUGAACCAGAUGAACAUGUAAAGAGAGCAAUGAAUGAGAUAAACGCUGCUGCUAGAAUGAGAGUGGCAGCAAAUGAUAAAGCUGAAGCAGAGAAGAUUUUGCAGAUCAAGAAAGCUGAGGGAGAUGCAGAAUCCAAGUAUCUAGCGGGUCUCGGGAUAGCUCGGCAGAGACAGGCCAUAGUUGAUGGGCUAAGAGACAGUGUGCUAGCCUUCUCUGAAAGUGUACCUGGUACAACAUCGAAGGAUGUCAUGGACAUGGUUUUGGUGACCCAGUACUUUGACACCAUGAAGGAGAUAGGUGCAGCUUCAAAGUCUAACUCUGUUUUCAUUCCCCAUGGACCGGGUGCUGUAAGAGACAUUGCUUCACAGAUCAGGGACGGUCUUCUUCAGGCUAAUACUACUACUCGCUGAUUCAAGCCUAGAAUUUUGCUAGGUGGUAUUAUCUAUUCUGCCUUCAUAUUUUCUCUUUGAUAUAAAUAGGGGAAUUACAUGCAUGACGCUCUUAUGUUCAUAGUAUUGAAUUGUGUCUUGUGAUAUUGUUAUAAGAUGUUGAUAGGAGUUUCCAAUGGUAUAUAAUCGGAGGCUUCAUCUGGUUUUCUUUUAUCAUGCAUUUCUGAUUUACAAGACUUGCUGGGCUUUAUACGGAAUAAUGGAUAGCCUAGUUGAUUGCGCUCUGGAAGGGGCGACUUUUGGCUUGGCCGUCUUUGGUCGUUGUAUGUCAAUAGAUAUAUUACAGUUUUAUGAAUAAAUAAUGCAGUAUAGUUGUAAACAAUGGGGUUUUUAAAGAAGAGGUUUGUACGAGAUUUUAUGGA